GUUAGUAGAUGCUGCACGAUGAACUGGCACUCCGCGAGUAAUCGUCACCUCGCCAGGUUGUCGUCAAUUGCCAGAUGCCAGUCGGCGCACCCGCUACGAUGCCUUGAUUCCGUCCGGGUCGACACAAGUCUGCUGCACGUGCGGUCCACAGCCUGUCUUUUGUCGCAUUACCCGGCGAGUGUGAACCGGACGGUCCUUUCCACGGCACUGGAUUCGACUUGGAUUCGAACUACCACUUCCAACGGUCAUGCACACUGCUUGAGCAUGCAUGUCCUAAGCGCAGACGCUCAGUUGCCCCUCUCUUCGUCCUCGACCACCUGUUGCUCGAGUUGCGCAGCGACUGAAGGCGCGCAGCUGUGCGCUGGGCUGGAAGCGCGCUCGAUAGUCAAUCAGGACGCGGUGACGUUGUUCAAUCAGGACGACAGCAUUGACGCUCUCGCGCGCACCUCCAGCGCAUACGAGCUCUCUCGAAUCGCACGAAUCGCAGCCGUCGCUGCGUAUUGGAGCUUCACGUUGACGUCUGCCGGCCCGCCAGAGCUCGCCAACCUGCUGCCCUACUACGAACCACCCCAUAACGAGACCACGACACACCACGACAGCGACGAACCCUAUCAAACAUCCUUACAGCUACGCCAGCAGCAGGCAGACGAAUACUACCGCGCUCAUCACAACCACUCGCGCGUCUCAAGCUCUUCUGGAAGCGCCGCCCACAGCUUGCGCCGCACGCCAAAUUUCGAGCAGCACCAGCGUCUUGUACGUUUCUCUGACGGCUCUCGACCGGCACUUCGCCCUCGCGCAGCGUCCCAGUCACGCGAUCCCACUCUUUUCGAGCCUCACCCAGCUCUACGCAUCUCGCGGCGCACAGCGUCUGCCAUUCGCUUUGUGCUCGAAGAGGCAAUUCGUGCUCCGUACGCCUUCACGCCGGACACGGUAGAAGAGAACGCAGCCAUGUCAGACGUCAUGGCCAGCCGUCCUGCCAAUGGUGGUGCGCGCACCACUGGAGGCCCAACACCUGUUACACAGGCUGAUCGAUCGAACAUACGGACGCCGCAGAUGAUCAUGAACGAGCGACGACAACGAGAAGCAGCGAGAAGGCAACAGUCCGAGGCGGAAGAGCAGCGAAAGGCCGACGAAGAACGCAGGAGAAGCGUCGAGAGAAGAGCACAAGCUGUUGCUGGCGUAGCUGGCACAAACCCCCUUACCGAGCCAGGGCAACAAAGACAACCCCAGCACGCUCCUUCGCGAUCAGGCGACCAACACGUCCGAUAUCCAUCCACCGGCGCACCCCGUCCUCCCGACGGCAUGCUGCCACCAUCAAGCCGCCCACAAGACGCCAUGUCAGGCGCACAGCAACCACGCUCCAGAGCCAAUUCGCAAGCACAACAGCAACCCCGUCCUGCACCGACUGCACCUGCAUCCACUGGCGAAAGGCGGCAGCCUUCUGGUGAUCGCACGCAUGCAAGACGCCCAACAGGUUCCACUGGGUCUGCGCAUGCUGGGCCGUCGACAGCGGCACCACCACGUCCAGCACCUCCACCAGACGCAUCGCAGGCUCAAAUUCGCGACUCCACGACAUCAACUUUUCCCCAUGCAUUUGAACGUUGGGAGACCCUCUCUUCUCACUGGGAAGGCUUGACAUCUUACUGGAUACGAAGAUUGGAACAGAACACCGAUGAAGUUCACCGGGAGCCAUUAGCACAGCAGAUGUCACGACAAAUCACGGAUCUGUCAGCAGCCGGAGCCAAUCUGUUCCAUGCUGUUGUCGAACUUCAACGUCUCCGCGCAUCGUCAGAACGCAAGUUCCAAAGAUGGUUCUACGAGCACCGCCAAGAUCAAGAGAAGGCUCAGGAGCGCGAAGCGUCUUUCGAAGCGACCCUCCAAGCUGAACGCGACGCAAGAAUGCAAGCUGAAGCCGACAUGGAGCGCAUGGCCACCGAAAAGAAGAACGCUGAGCGUGCUGUCUCAGAGAUGAAGCGAGAGUUGCAAAUCUCAAAAGAGGAAGCACGACGCGCGUGGGAAGAGCUUGGAAGGCGAGAGCAAGAAGAGCGCGAUCGCACCUUCUCCCUGCGCGAAGGUCAGCCCACGUUGGUCGGUGGAGUGCAGGUUGUACCCAUGGCACAAGGCAUGGGUGGCCCGGGAAGGUCUAGUGGAGGCGACACAUAUGCUGGCGCCCAAAGCAGCGGUGGCAUUGAGCAGCACUACUCUUACGAAGAGGGCCAGUCUCCCACCGACACCGACCCGUUCACUGAACAGCGCCACGGCCAUCGCGAGCAGGAUAUUGCAAACCUGUCUCAGGGUGCAUACAUACCCUCAGGUGCUACAUCCUCCCAGGCCAUGAGUUCAAGCCAGGCCACGGCUCACCCAAUAGCACCUGGCCCUCUGGUGCAGUAUCCCAUGCCGAGCUCUCACGGCCAGCAAGCACCUGUGCAGCCAGCAACUUCGCACCCCGAAGCCUUCUACCAGCAGCCAGAAUCCUAUCUACAUGAAGGCCGAACUAGCAUGGCCGAAGACACUCAAUCCUACGUCACAUCUCAAGCAGACGAGACCUCAGAAGGCGACGAAGAAUACGCCAUCGACAGCAGCGGAAACUACAUCCUGGACGACGCCGGCCACCGUGUUCCCUUCCGCUCUCUCCAAUCUCCCAUGUCUGAUGAGUACGACGUGGGUGAAGACCGACGUAGGGAGCUAGAACACCUUCAACGCUAUGGCUCUGCCGCCAACCCUCCCAGUCAGUACGCGACCACUGGCGCCGAGCAGGGCAGUCCGCAUGGCCAGGGCUACGCAACGGCUGGGCGACCGGUCCCCGACUACAGCGGCGACGGAUAUGGAGAUGAGUGGAUCGGCAUGAGGCAUCACCACCCUACGAGACUGAGCGACGUACCUGAGGAAGACGAGAGGAGCAGAGCAAGUCCAACAAGCAGGGCAAGCGUAACAAGUCGGGGCCGGCUGUUCUAAAUGCCUCUCCAACCUGAUCGCUGAUCAGGCAUUCCAUGCAUCUGCCUGCACGCCUUGAUACGUGUUCAUCCGGCGUCCCUGUAUCUUACCACUCGCAUACUUCACCCCACACAUCCUAUCUGUAUCCGCACGCGCAUCUAAUGUCUGCUCUUUGCGAUCUGCUUUCACAAUACCCUUCUCCGAUACUCGUUCGAGCAUUUACACACGUUUCUGUUUGACAUUAGUGCAAGGCAACCCCUGUAUUAGUACUGGUACUUCUCGGUUCAUCUGAGAGCAUGGUGUUUAUAGGACGGUUUUCUGUGGGGGAUGGGAAAGGUGGAGAGGUAAUUUGAGAUGAGUGUCAAUAUAAUUGUAUCGAU